AUGGUCGCCUUGGAUCUCGAUCGAUCUAGUACUAUUCCGUUGCAUGCUAUGUCAAAAAAGAUUGGUAAAGGAGACAACACUUUGUUUUGGUAUGAUGUGUGGAUUGGCAACGAGACGUUGGCAUGUAGAUUCGCUCGAUUAUUCAAUCUUGAACAAGUUAAAAAGUGUUCUGUUAUGGAGCGAUGGAACAACAAUUCUUUUUAUUCUAAUUGGAGAAGGGAAAUCAGGGGUGGGGUGGAAAGUUGUGAGAUGUCUAAUCUUAUUUCAAUCUUGAAUAAUAUUAAGCUUAAUGAUGAGCCAGACGCUUGGGUGUUUUCGGUGUCUAACGUGACUGAGUUUGAGGUUAAAGGUGUUCGUAAAUUCAUUGACGAUACAAAUCUUCCUAAUAGUCUUAAAGCUACUCGAUGGAAUAAAUUUGUACCCCGUAAGGUCAAUAUUCAUGCUUGGAGAGUUCUUUUGAAUAAAAUUCCUACCCGGAGCAACUUGGUUUCCAAAGGAAUUGAUAUUCCUUCCAGUCUCUGCCCUGUGUGUGCACAAUAUGUGGAGUGUUGUGACCAUAUAUUUGGUACUUGUGAUAUUGCAAACAAAGUUUGGUCCCUGAUCUCUAAAUGGCUGCAAAUCUCCCCACUUACUUCUAGUGGACCUACUGAAACUCUAAUGCUUAUUGAUUCUAUGAGGAUUUCCAUGGAGAAAAAGCGCAUAAUUGAACUAGUUCUUUUUUGCGGAUGGUGGUUGAUUUGGAAACAUCGUAACGAUAAGGUUUUUUCUCCAGGAGUUCAACGUAAGGAGCUGUUUUUUGACUUCAUCAUCGCCCAGUCUUAUUUUUGGUAUGCCAACAGGUGUAAAAAGAAUCGACUAUCGUGGAUGGAGUGGCUAAAUAAUCCUCUCCUUAUUCAUUAA